AUAUAACCUCGUGAUGAAAGAGCGCCAUUUCAACUUUUUAUUGUGAAUGCCGCGCAAAAUGGCCGAGGAAAAGGCAGCCCCGGGAAGGAAAAAAAGAAAACAAUGUCAACAAAGAUUAACUCCAUCAAAAAAGUUUGAAACAUCGAAUGAGUCAUAUACAGAUUUUAUGUGCCCAAUAUGCCUGCAGCUGUUGAUCCAGCCUGUUGUAUUGCCAUGUAAACAUGAACUUUGUAUGCCCUGUUUUCAAGCUCACGUCGAAGCAACAAGUUUAUGUUGCCCUAUGUGUAGGGUUCGUAUAUCGAACUGGGCGAGAAAAAAGGGUCGUGAAGGUACGCUUAUUGAUCAAGAAAGGUGGAACGUCAUUCAAAAAUUGUUUCCUGAAAGAUGCAAACGAAGGUUAAAAGGCGAGGAUGAAGAAGACGACAACGAUGUACCAAUGAACUGUGAAACCUUUCGACCUGUUGUUGCAGAGCAGGGUGAGCUGAGAAAGGAAUAUGAAAAGGAGCUUUUAAAGGUUGAAUUAGAGAAACAAGAAGAGAUGAAGGCAAGUGAAGAAGUUAUCAAGAAAAUGGUAGAGGAAGAGAAACAAAAACAGGAAAUAUUAAAAGAGGAUGAAAUGAUUGCAAAAAAAAUGCAAGAUGAAGAGCUAGAUAAUGCUGGAGACAGACUCACAUCACCAAACUCAAAAUUGAAUCAUUUCCUUGAGGCCUGCAAAAUGCCACAAGAGAUGGUACUAAGAAGCAGUAACACAAAUGUUCCUUCACAAAGCAAAAGUAAUAGCUGUCUUACAAACUGGCUGGCAAAAUCUUGUCCAGGUUCCCCAAGUGAGUCUGCAGAGGAAUUUGUAUCCCCUCAUCAUCUGAAGAGGACUCCAAUCAGGACACGACAAGAGCAGGAAGACUAUGAAUUAGCAUUUCGACUCCAAAGGGAACUUGAUUACGAGAGCAAAGGCAGUACUCCAAAAAGGCAUACACUAACAAAGCAUUUCUACCCUUUGCGUCAAAGAACUUCAAGCAGCACUGAAAGCCAACCAGCAAAAAAACUGGAAACAAGCUGACACAAGUUGUUCAAUCAAUAAAUGCAACAAGAUUUCAAUUGGCUAUGUGGUUCUUUGGUAAAUUUCUUUACUCAAGUUUAAGCAAUUCUGGAACAGCAUGCAAUUCCCUUCCUCUCCCUGUCUCAAACUGCCCUCUCACCCCAUUAUUGGAGAUAUGAAGAUUACAUUGCAAUAAAUUGUAGAGGAGGUGUGGGAUUGUCACCACUGACUUAUAUCUCAAGGCCUAUCAUUUAUGUCACAAAGCCUAACAUAACAUGUCAGAAAUUUUGUUACUUCUUAUGCGUGGAACCUUUGUUUUGCUUUAGAUAAAGGAUUAUGAUUGUCGAAGAACCUAGCAGCCAAACAAACCAAUAGAGUGUAACCGUAUUUUUGCAUUAGGGCCACAAGUUCGGUUUGAACCUUGCAGUUGCGCAAAUGAAUUCACCAAGAUUUGCAGUAUGAUUGUAGUUUUUAUUAUUGAAAUGGUUAACUAAGUUUUUGCUUCUAAAAUUACUUUUUAUCUACGUGAAUAUUGCGAUUUUAGUCAUUUCAUCACUAACGAACGUUU